AUGGAACACGCACGACCACCAUCGGAAUUAGUACUUGAAGGUGGUCCGGCUGCAAGAUCCGACGCGUGGCGAAAAUGGUCUAAACAAUUUAUGGUGUUUAUGAAGGCCUCUGGAGUUUAUAAAGAGAGUACGGAUGUCAAAUCAAGUUUACUGGUGAAUUUGAUUGGAUCCGACGGGUACGACAUAUACACAACAUUUAAAUACGAUAAAAAUGAAAAUCAGGAGGACUUUGAUAUUCUCAUAAAUAAAUUUAACGAACAUUUUGGUAUGAAAAAGAACACCACUAUGGCUAGAUUCAAAUUUUUCACGAGAAACCAAGAGAGAGGUGAAACUAUAGAUGAGUAUGUGACCGCUCUGAAGCUUCUUACGCAGUCGUGUGAAUUCGAACAUCUGGAGGAAGGUCUCAUACGUGACCGAAUCGUGUGUGGUGUGACCGACAGCAAGCUGCGUGACCGUCUACUUAGAGAAGACGAUCUCGACCUGGGACGUGCCGUGAAAAUCUGUCAAGCUAGUGAGAUGACCGCGGAGGAACAACGUCAGAUAGAAAACGCCAAGUGUGGGACCGAAGCGGGCACAUCGUCGGCUGUGGACGUAGUAUAUGGAGCACGAACGGAGCAACAAUGGGGAGCCAGCAGGUACCCGCGCGGCGGCCGCCAGGCGAGGCGAGGCCGCGGGCGGCUGGGCGCGCCUGUUGCGGACGGCGCGGCGGCGGCGGCUCGCGGGUGUGCGGCCUGUGGCUCGGCGCGCUGUCAAGGAGGUUCACAGUGCUCCGCCAAAAGUGUUAAGUGUUUUUCGUGUCAUGAAAUAGGCCAUUUCAAACGGAUGUGUCCGGGUAAGCGUUAUAAAAAUAAAAUAUAUCAUAUAAAAGAAAGUGCUAGUGAUAGUGACGAGGAACUAUAUUACGUUUCUACACUGGACGGAAAUUCUGGCAAUAAGAACUGUAAGUGGUACGAAACCUUGUCAUUAGUUAGUAAUAAUAGUAAACAAGUAUUCAAAUUAGACACAGGGUCGGAUUUAAACGUCAUGUCAAUUAAAACUUUUUUAAAUUUGGGUUUGAAUACUUCAUGUCUGUCUCCUGACAAAACUAAAGCACAGUCUUUUUGUGGUAAUUAUAUUCCUAUCAUCGGGUCUUGCUAUAUCGACUGGAUUUAUAAAAAUCGUAAAUACAAUCUUUAUUUUAUAAUCUCUGAUCAAAAUUGUCAGAGUGUAUUGGGCAAAAAUGCUUGUGAUGAAUUAGGUUUAGUAAGACGAAUAUUUGCCAUAAAUAUAGACGAUUAUGAUGAUCUUUUUCAAGGUGUAGGGAAGUUACCAGGUAAGUACAGUAUUAUCACAGAAAUAGGAGCACAACCAGUAGUGUGUCCAGUGAGAAAAAUACCUUUAGGUGUCAAGGAUAAAUUAUUUUUAGAAUUAGAACGAAUGGAGAAUCUGGGGGUGAUUAGAAAGGUAGCACAUCCGACACCGUGGGUGAAUGCUAUAGUUGUAGUGGCGAAAAAAGAUGGCAGCAUUCGCUUGUGCCUAGAUCCUCGAUCACUAAACCGCGUAGUACACCGCGCGCAUUAUCCCCUUCCGACUGUUACAGAGAUAGCUGCGAAAUUGAAAGGAGCACGAUUUUUUAGUAAACUGGAUGCUCGUUCUGGUUUCUGGAUGGUUCAGCUAGAUAACCGAAGCGCAGACCUAUGUACGUUUGGAACGCCUUUUGGCAGAUACCAAUUUUUGCGUUUACCAUAUGGUAUCAACUGCGCUUCGGAAGUGUUUCAUGCAAAGGUACGGGAGCUCUUAGAGGACCUCGUAGGCGUGGACUCAUUCGUAGAUGACAUUAUAGUCUGGGGAUCUGAUAAGACACAGCAUGAUGAACAGUUAAAAAUGUUACUAGAUAGGGCACGUCAAGUUGGUAUAAAAUUUAACAGAGCUAAAUGUGAAUUCUGUGUACCACAAGUUACUUACUUAGGACACAAGUUUAAUUCAGAAGGUAUGCAUGUAGACAAUAAUAAGUUAAAAGCAAUUAAGGACAUGCCUAAGCCACAGGAUCGGAAGUCAUUAGAACGUUUUCUUGGAAUGAUAAAUUAUCUUUCAAAAUUUAUACCUAAUUAUUCUCAGGUAGCCUCCCCGUUACGUCAAUUAUUAAAAAAAGACACAGUAUGGCAGUGGGACUCCAUACACGACGCGGCUGUACAGCGAUUAAAAGAAUUAGUGUGCGGUGCGCCUGUGCUAGCUUUAUACUCGUUGACAGAACCGGUCGUGUUAUCAGUGGACGCAAGUUCGUGCGCGCUCGGCGCAGUGUUGCUUCAGGGAGGCCGUCCGGUCGAGUUCGCCUCCUCAACGCUCACCGAAACACAGAGUCGCUAUGCACAGAUAGAAAAAGAGUUGUUGGCGAUAGUAUAUGCUUUAGAACGGUUUCACCAAUAUAUUUUUGGCAGAAAAAAUGUAGUAGUCGAAACAGAUCACAAACCUUUAGAAGCCUUAUUUAAUAAAUCUUUGAAUUCUGUUCCGGCUCGGUUACAACGGAUGAUGCUUCGCGCACAAGCAUAUAAUUUUAAAGUCAUUUAUAAACCGGGCAAAUAUAUGCAUAUCGCCGAUGCAUUGUCGCGAGCACCGUUAAGCGAAUUAAUGAAAGAUCAUAUAUCAGACGAAAUAACAGAACAGACUUGUUUUUUAAUACAAAAUAUUCGAUUCAGUGACAGUAAAAUAAGAGCUGUGCGCGAUGCUACUGAGAAAGAUGAUGAAUGUAAGUCAAUAAUACGAUACAUAAUGAGGGGAUGGCCGAGUAAUAAAUUUGAUGUAGACGAACUAGUUCGUAGUCAGUGGUCAUAUAACGAAAGUUUCGAAUAUAUAGACGGUAUAAUUUUUAAAGACAACCUGGUGUAUAUACCGCGUAGUUUGCGCGCGGAAAUGAUUCAGCGGGUGCACGACGGUCACAUGGGAAUCGACCGGUGCAAGCGGCACGCGCGCGACGUGAUGUUUUGGCCGGGCAUGUCUCGCGACGUGGAGCGCGCCGUGCGCCGGUGCGCGGCGUGCGUCGAGCGCGCCCACCGCCCGCCGCGGGAGCCGCUCGUGCCGCACAACAUACCGGACCUGCCCUGGGCCAAAGUCGGCUCAGACUUAUUCCAAUGCGGUAAAAAAUAUUUUCUUUUACUCGUCGAUUAUUUUUCAAACUUCAUAGAAGUAAGUCCGCUGACUAGUAUCAAUAGUAAAGCUGUAAUUCUCGCAAUGAAAGAUCACUUCUCUAGGCACGGGAUACCGCAGGAACUCGUAACUGAUAACGGUCCGGCGUAUGCUUCAAAAGAAUUCAAAAUGUUUAGUGAAAGUUGGGAUUUCGACCACACUACUACUUCACCUAAUUAUCCUCAAUCGAACGGUCGUAGUGAACGUAGUGUUGCAAAAACUGAAAUGGGCAAAAGUGAUAAUCUAGAAGGAGACGAGGAAAGAUGGUCAAGUGCGGAGAGUGAGGGUGACGAAUGUUAUUCAUAUCAAAAGGUAGAUAAAAAUACAGCAAAUACAGAACAAGAUCUUGUAAAAAACCAUUUGUCUAAUUGUAAAAACCAGAAGCACGGGGCGUGUGCACAUGUGUGCACGUAUAGGAACAACAGAUUUAUUGUUAAUGGUGUCCUGAACAUAAUUAAAAUGGUUGAUGUUGUGCCCUGCCCGCCGCGGCCGCCGGCCGGCGAGGCGUCCUUCGCUCCACAUAUGAUGGCGAGCGAUAGCCACGUCGCAGCGAUGGGAUCUCACCUCGUGCGAUACCGUGGCGCCAUCUGCCGUGGUGGCGGACGAACCAAAGCUAUUGUUGUGUGUCCACCUGCCUAG